GAGGAAGCGGUCUGGCCGGCGCCAUAGUCGCAGUCGUCGUACAGGAAACCGAGACUCCCGUCGCAUCGCCAUGGGGAAACAGAACAGCAAGCUGCGGCCGGAGAUGCUGCAGGACCUCCGAGAGAACACCGAGUUCUCCGACCACGAGCUGCAGGAGUGGUACAAGGGUUUCUUGAAGGAUUGCCCCAGUGGAACCUUGAAUGUGGAGGAGUUCAAGAAGAUCUAUGCCAAUUUCUUUCCCUACGGCGACGCCUCCAAGUUUGCCGAGCACGUCUUCCGAACGUUCGACACCAACGGCGACGGGACGAUAGAUUUCCGGGAGUUCAUCAUCGCCCUGAGCGUGACGUCGCGGGGGAAGCUGGAGCAGAAACUGAAAUGGGCCUUCAGCAUGUACGACCUGGACGGGAACGGCUACAUCAGCCGUGAGGAGAUGCUGGAGAUUGUACAGGCCAUCUACAAGAUGGUGUCUUCUGUGAUGAAGAUGCCAGAGGAUGAAUCCACGCCGGAGAAGCGGACGGAUAAGAUCUUCAGACAAAUGGACCUCAAUAAUGACGGAAAACUAUCCCUGGAGGAGUUCAUCAAAGGUGCCAAAAGCGACCCCUCCAUCGUCCGGCUACUGCAGUGCGACCCCAGCUCCGCCUCCCAGUUCUGAGCCCGCCCUGAGACCCCUCCCCCCAUUUUUACUUUCUUCUUCUUCUUCUUCUUAUUGUUCUUCUUCUUCCUCACCUUCUCUCUGUCGCUCUUGAAACCGUCACUCCGAUCAAUGCAUGAAGGUUCUCGUCUCUCAUGUCAUCUCUUUUCGUUGUUGUCGUGUACGAGGACGGAGGAGGACGGCGAGGAAAUAAAUGAAAGAUGUUUUACUUUUGUAUUUGAGGAAGGAAACGAGAGACACGCUUACGCUUGGGUCUUCAGACGAUCUAUCUUUCUCUCUCUCUCU